UUCAAUUUCUCCUGCACCUAUCGAUAGCCAUAGCUGCAGCUUGCACUCGUCGUUUGUCCAUAUUUCUUCUGACAUCCAACGCCCAUAUCGACUCGACCUCCUGCAGCACGGUCCCGCUCUCAAACAGACUAGCAUCAGCAGCAGCUUCCCGCGCUCUCGUGCAGAUCCAUCAUCCAUGUCAGGAAAACCUGCCGCUAAGCUUCAGCCCUGCCCCGACUCUGCAACUGCAAUUGCUUGCUGAGCGCGCUUGCUGCCCUGAUUGUUCACCACUCUAUUCGUGCAAGCUGUCUGCCCAAGCCACCCCUCGGCCUCAACUUCUGAACUCCGUAAAACACGGGAUACCGUAUACUUGUCUCGUCCUGGGACACGUCACACUGUACAAACAGUAGUGCUGCGUACCUUUUCCCUACCUUUUUUACAACUCCCCCACAAUGCCACCGACAGCCCAUCACUUCACUCCGGCGUACCCUUUGCAUGAGCCUCAGCAUUCUUUUCGUAGCAAACAGUAUGCUCCUCCCAGGAAGCGAAAAAGACUAACAGAUCCCGACGAUGAGAGCGACGACUCUGACACACACCUUGAUCCACUCGAGCCCUCGGUGCAAUCUCACGACAUCAACGAUCCUUACCGUGUUGCCGGAUGGCCUGAAAACUUCCCUUUGCCUGGAUCUUCGUUUCCUCAUGCCCCUGCUGUCAAACCAAAGACGCGCCAACCAUCGUCAAACAAUCUUCAAAAGGAACUAGCGGCUCUUAAACCUCCGUUGUAUGUUCCACCUCCUGGCGAGCAAGAUACUACAUCAUCACUACGCCGACAUCAUUUGAGCGUGCUCACUACCGUCUUGCACACUAGCCUUCUCAAGCAUGACUUUGUACGUGCCGGCAGGGCAUGGGGCAUGAUCCUGCGUACCGAUAUUCUUGGCCGGCCAUUGGAUGUGCGUACGCAUGGUCGAUGGGGCAUUGGUGCGGAGAUCUUGAUGCGUAAAUUCUCGUGUGGAAAGACUCAUCAAGACCAACCUCGUAAUGCGUCAACGAUCAGUGACGAGGGAUUCGAGGCGGCGAAAGACUACUAUGAGCGCUUGAUCUUACAGUUUCCUUACCAGAAGACCAAUCCGCAUGCUAUAUCAUCCCUGACUUUCUAUCCUGCAAUGUUCGGUCUCUGCAUCUACGAGAUCCAACAAAGGUGCAAAUCGGCCAUCGGAUGUGUUCAGAACACGCCAUCAGACGUGGACAACUCAGAUUCGGAUUUGGCGCUCAGUUCAGACCCGGAUGAAGAAAUCUCGGCUAUCAAACAUUCCGAGUUGGAGUCAGCGGCGAGUCUUGCAGCUCGCAUGGACGAGUUGAUGUUGUCCCCACCUUUCGACACGAUACCAUCACUCUUACAAUUAAGAGCAUCUGUAGCUCUAUGGCUAGUCGAUCUUUACACGACGACCGCUAAGACAGACGACGACGAUGACGACGAUGAAAACAAGGAGCGUGUCUCAGCGGAGCGUGCCCGAGCCAAAAAGUGUUUAGAUAGGAUGAAGGCUGCAGGCGUGACUGCGCCAGCGAUGAUUGUAGAUGUGUUGGAUUGAAAAUAUAGCGAUAUACCCCAGCGUUGAGUUUUUGAUUAGUUAGAUAGGUGGUUGAUCUAUACCCCUAGAAUAUAUACCGAGACAAAUUUCGUCCGUGCUUCCAAUU